CUGUUUGCGCCUGACUCGGACAUGAGGCUGUCAACGCGCUGCUGCUGCUUUCACUCCUCACGGUGCUCUUCGGGAGAUUUCAGGACCUUAACUCACCAUGAGAUUAACCAGGCGGAGGGGACAUUUCGUGAAUGCUAAUUCUGCGAGAAAAUGCCGAUGAACCGAAGGCAGCGGCGUGAAUUUAAGCAAGUUAGCUAAGUUCGCUAACUGUCACCUUCUUGCCGCGUUAGCUAACGGUAACACGGGGCAGACGGUGUCCUCUGGGCAGCGGCUGAUGAGCCAGCUGUCCCGGCCAGAGGACACCUGUUGACCACGAGGCAUUUUCAACUGCGAUAAUCUCUUAUCGGUAUCUGAAACAACCCGCCCUGUGAUGUCUCAACGUCGAGCCGCGGUCAGACAGCUGCUGGCAGCAAUGUCUUCCCCAGAAGAAGAACCGUCGGCUGCCGUGUCGGCUGUCCUGUCGUCUGCCUUGUCGGCUGCUGUGUCGGCUGCCAUGGCAGUUGCCGUGUCCGUGGAUGCUAAGGCAGAUCUCGCCGCACUGCUAGACGAAUGGGAGGAAGCACAGCGGGGCACCACGGAGCAACUGGUGUCCAUCCUUACAAAAAUAUCUGAGCUGAUUGAACGGGAGACAGGAGAAUAUCACAAAGCAGACCCUGAUCCGUUUGAUGACCGUCAUCCAGGACGGGCAGACCCAGACUGCAUGCUGGGACAACUCCUGAAGAUGCUGUUUAUGAAUGACGACUUCACUAAUGCGCUGUUGGACACAUAUAUAAUGACGAGCAGAGAGCUGAGCCUCAACACAGCGGCCUGUCGUCUGCUUCAGAACAUCAUGCCGGGCCUGGAGACCGCUGUCGUCUUCCAAGAGAAGGAAGGUCUGGUGGAGAAGUUGUUCACCUGGGCUCGUGAAGCAGAGCGACCGCUCUGCAUCUACGCCACGGGCCUGCUGGCCAGAGCCAUGAGCAACCAGGAAGUGGCGGCCAGCUACAGAGAGGAGAACGCUUUGCUGGUACCAAUCAUGAUUCAGCGCCUGCAUGAGCUGCAAACUGAAGAGGCCAAGAGUCACUUUAGUCCCACCAAGAUGCCCCAGAAUCUACCUCAGGACUCUCAGGUUGAAGCCAACCAAACCUCAAGCAUCUCAACAGACCGGCAAGUCAAGAAGGAGGGGGAAGAUGUGGGAGAGGAGGAAGAGAGAAAAGUGAGAGGCGGAGAGAGCAGCAGGCCAGUGUCAAAGGCCACUUCCAAACCUUUGUCACUGCUCGGUUCAGCCCUGAAAAAUGGUGGCUGUAGCAGCAGCGGUGGAUCCAGCUCGACCCGACUGAUUCCAGACUUUGUUUACCAAGCGAGCCCGGACCCUGCCUCCAAGGAGACGGAGGACAGGCAGGGAGUAGGAGGAGGAGGAGGGAAGAGACGAGCAGUAAAGGAAAACGGGAGGAAGGCUAAGCAAAAACUCAACUUCACCUCCUCCUCCUCCUGCAGGACUGAGGAGGAGGGGGAGAGAAACGGUUCCAGCGACCAGCCGGCCAACAGCACCUCCUGGUCUGAAAUGAGCUCGAUGGUGAUUGGCUCUGACUACCGCCUUUCACCGCUGAGCCCGGCCAUGGAGCAGAGGCUUAUCCUGCAGUAUCUGACGCCGCUCGGAGAUUACCAGGAGUUGCUUGCCGUCUUCAUGCAGCUGGACACCCGGUCGUUGCUGAUGAACUACAUAGACCUCAGGCAGACCAAAAAUGUCCAGCUCACCUUUGAUGCCCUCCUGUAUCUCGCCUCACUGCUCCUCCAUAAGAAGUUUGCAGCAGAGUUCAUCACUCAUGGAGGAGUGCAAAAACUUCUGCAGAUCCCGAGGCCUUCUAUGGCAGCAACUGGAGUUUCACUCUGCUUGUACUACCUGGCGUACAAUCAAGAUGCUAUGGAGAGGGUGUGCACGCUUCCAGACGGUGUGCUGUCAGACAUGGUGUCCUACGGCCUGUGGCUGUUGGAGUCGUCCCACGCUUCAGGCGUCUGCCACGCCACCAUGUUCUUCUCUAUUUCUUUCUCCUUCAGAGUGGUGCUGCAGCUCUUUGACCACCAGGAUGGCCUGCGCAGGCUGGUCAAUUUGGUCAGUACUUUGGAGAUCCUUAACACAGAGAACGAGGUGUCCAUAAUGAGUGAUGACCAGGUCUUCUCCAGCCGACAGACAGCCAAACAUACCUGCAUGGCCCUGCGCAGGUACUUUGAGGCUCACCUGGCAGUGAAGGCCGAACAGGUCAAACAGUCCCUGCACUCAUCGGACGGAGGUGCCGUUGUUCCCCAGCAGCCAUUUUACAAGGCAUAUACAUACACCAGAGAGCAGGUUAUCGAGAUGAUGGAGUUUCUCAUCGAGUGUGGACCUCCUCAGCUCCACUGGGAACCCGUAGAGGUUUUCUACAAAUUGUCCUGUGUCCCUUUAAUGCUGCAGCUCAUAUCUACAGCCUGUGACUGGAGGACUUACUAUGGCAGGAGUGACACAGUGCGUUAUGCCUUGGACAUCCUGGCCAUCUUGAUGGUGGUUCCUAAGGUCCAGUUGGUGCUGGCGGACACUGUGAAUGUUCUGGAUGAAACCAGGUCGCCAGUUUCCACUGUGGGUAUGAGCAUCAUUCUGGGUGUCGCAGAGGGAGAGGUGUUUGUCAAUGAUGCCGAGAUCCAGAAGUCUGCGCUACAAGUGAUAAUAAACUGUGUGUGCGCUCCAGAUCAGAGCCUGAACACUGUGGGUGCUUUUGCUGUCGCCCCCCUUAGGCCGUCCCUCCACCCCCAGCAGCCCCCCGCUCCCCACAACAGAGUGCUGGCCCACAUGUGGCAAGAAGUGCAGAACAACAACGGUAUAAAGGUGCUUCUGUCUCUGCUGUCGGUGAAGAUGCCCAUCACAGAUGCAGACCUGAUCCGUGCUCUGGCCUGCAAGGCCCUGGUCGGACUCUCUCGCAGCUCCGCAAUUAGACAAAUCAUCAGCAAACUGCCGCUCUUCACCAGCAGCCACAUUCAACAACUGAUGAAGGAGCCAGUGCUGCAGGACAAACGAAGCGAGCACGUCCUUUUCUGCCGAUUUGCCGCCGAGCUGACAGAGCGAGUGUCUGGCAAACCUCUCCUCAUGGGUACCGACGUCUCAUUGGCUCGUCUGCAGAGAGCUAAUGUGGUCGCCCAGUCACGGAUCACCUUUUCUGAGAAGGAACUCCUCAUGCUGAUCAGAAACCACCUCAUGGCCAAAGGGCUCCAUGAGACGGCCAACACGCUCGUUAAAGAGGCAAAUUUACCCAUAGGAUCCUUCUGCCCGAACUCUUCCUCCUGUGCCACCCCUCCCUCCUCCUCCUCAGUGAUUCCCAGGACUUGCCGGUUAGCUGGCGGGAUCGCUGCUCGUCUUGCCGGUCAUGUUGGAUCCUCUCCCGUGUCCUCAGUUGCUGUAGCCUCCUCCUCCACUCCCACUUCCUCUCGUUCCCUUGUCAUUCCUCACCCUUCAUGCUCUUCUUCGUCCACCUCUGCGCCCCUCCCUCCUCAUCCCGCAUCUCAUGGGCAAGGCUCACAUGUUGUUGGACGGAUUUUGUUCACACGGGAACGCCCGGUGGCCCAUUGCAGCUCAGGAAAAAAACUUCGCGCUCUGAAACAGAAGUCUGACCACGGUGCUUUCAUACAGACUCCAGCCAUGAAGAAGCAGCUGGAGCGCCACCUUCCUUCCCCCCCGACCCUCGACAGCAUCAUCACCGAGUACCUGAGGGAACAACACGCCCGCUGCCCCAAUCCUGUCACCACCUGCCCCCCCUUUUCCCUUUUCACCCCCCACCGCUGCCCUGAGCCCAAGCAGAGGCGACAGGCAUCGCCCAACUUCACUGCCCGCCUGGGGAGCAGGGUGCUGUACCCGAAAUACGGAGGUGUGGACAGAGGGUGUCUGGAUAGACAUCUGAUAUUUAGCAGGUUUCGUCCAAUGUCAGUCUUCCACGAGGGCGACGGAGACGAAAGCGGUUUCACCUGUUGUGCCUUCUCAGCCCGCGAGCGUUUCCUGAUGCUGGGAACCUGCUCUGGUCACCUCAAAUUCUACAAUGUCUUCUCUGGAGAGGAGGAGGCCAACUACACCUGCCACACGUCGGCCAUCACACACCUCGAACCCUCCAGGGAUGGGAAAUUGCUGCUCACCUCUGCUUCUUGGAGCGUCCCCUUAUCUGCUCUCUGGAGUAUGGAUGGUGUCUUUAGCAUGAAGAACUCAUUUGUAGACGAUCACUACGUUGAGUUCAGUAAACUCUCUCAGGACAGAGUCAUCGGCACCAAGGACCAAGUCGCACACAUCUAUGACAUCCAGACGGGUCAGAAGACUCUGACCCUGAACGACGCCGCCCUGGCCAAUAACUACAAGAGGAACUGUGCCACCUUCAACCCCUCCGACGACCUGGUGCUAAAUGACGGGGUGCUGUGGGACGUGCGGGCGUCACGGGCCAUCCAUAAGUUUGACAAGUUCAACAUGAACAUCAGCGGGGUUUUCCAUCCUAACGGCCUGGAGGUCAUCGUCAACACUGAGAUUUGGGACCUGAGGACCUUCCACCUCCUGCACACUGUCCCUGCCCUGGACCAGUGCAGGGUGGUCUUCAACAGGAACGCCACCAUUAUGUAUGGAGCAAUGCUACAAGCCGAUGAUGAGGAUGAUGCUAUGGACCAGCAGAUGAAGAGUCCCUUCGGCUCGUCCUUCAGAACCUUUGACGCUACCGACUAUAAGCCCAUUGCCACAGUGGACGUAAAGAGGAACAUCUUUGAUCUGUGUACCGACACCAAAGACUGCUACCUGGCUGUCAUCGAGAACCAGGACACAGUGAGCUUGGACACGGUGUGCCGUCUGUACGAGGUGGGACGGCACAAACUGGCAGAAGAGGGAGACGACGACGAUCAGGAUGAAGACCAGGACGACGAUGAUUCCUCAGACACAGAUGAUGACGACGACGACGACGAUGACGAUAUGGACACAGACCCGCUCAUAGAGGAGCUGGCCAAUAACGACGACCCGGAAAACGGGGACCAACCCUCUCCCACAGAUGAAGAGAUUGCAGAUCUUCUUGGCAGCAACAGCGAUGAUGAUAACAGUGAUGCGGAUGAGUCAGAAGACUCGGACCAUUCAUACAGAAGUGAUGAUGGAUCUGACUCAUUUGACCCCGACAACUCAAGUUACUUCCCAGAACACUCAGAUGAUGAAACCCUAUUGCUUCAGGCCCUCAGCGACAGUUGGUGACCCGGGAGAAGAUGCUCCUCUGCUGACAAUGUGAACCUCGACGAGGACUUUUUUUUUUUUUUCCUUUUUAAACCAUCAUUUCUCCUUUAAUCAGGCAAGUUGACUGUGAAUAUACUGAUAGGCACAUCAGAGUCCUGGAGGAUAACAGAAAAAAAAUCUGAUAUUCUCUCUCUAUAUUCUAAACUUUAGAGAGACGACAGUGAUGACAAAUAAAUAUUUCCCAAAGAUCA